UAAUUUUAGUUAAGAAAAUGGUCAACGCUUAUGGGGAAGAUCAAGACCCUGUUAUGCUUGAGAGAACACAUUUUCGACCUAAUUGGCGCAAAGGAGAAGUAACUACACGCUCUCAAAAACGUCGCUACGCCCCAAUUUAUGACAAAGGGCUGAUAGAUGAUGAACUUGAUUGUUACCCUUUUGGAUAUCGCGGAAAACCAAUUUCAGACUUUAUUGAAUAA